AUGCACUGCAGACCCGAAAUCGUCGCAGCCUGGUCCGAAGAGGUGCCUGCAUCUGGAUGGCUGAGUGAUCCGUUCACUGGGACGUCUCAUUCGAACCACCAGCUGUCUCCUGCCCUAUCUACCGCUAGUCGCAUCGAAGACGACAUUUUUGUCGAUCCUGAUGAGGAGACGGUUUCGACUUCAUCUGCAACGUCUUCAAGACGCUCGAAAAGCCCUGUUAAACGAGUGAUAGACCUGGAAAGCCUUGGAGUACGCUUUCGCAGUCUGUCGAAGGCGGAGGCGCUAGGGCCAGAAGGGCAAACAUUGUUCUAUGAUUUGAGUGACCUUGCUUCUGGGCUUGGAACAAUCCCAAAAUCGCUGUGGGAUGACAGUCCCGAAUUUCGAAAUGAGUUGGGACGGAAACCGCACGAGUCUUAUUUUACAUAUGCAGGCGAUAUAUGCCAAGACUUUGCUACCAUCCAAGGCAUUGUUGAGCAUUCUAUACGGUGCAAUGACGAGCUUGAGCCUGAAGGUGAAUGGAAUAAUGCAGUUCACGGCAAGCUUCUGGCACAUGUGUUCGACAAGAAGCAUGGAGCGGUGGGGUUCCGAUCCACAAUCUCGGAUAGGAUCGACUCCCAGUGGCUUCCAAAGCACCCAUCUGGCCUAAGGAGCUCUCGAAUGUUCGAUUUUUGCUGCUAUGUGCGGGGUGAUGAUGCCACCCAAGUCAGGCUCGCGGACACCCGUCGUCUUUGGGAUCCAUCUGUCAAUUCUUUCAACCGGCCAGGUCUAAACGGGAAGAUUGCUCCCUUUUUAAUUGAAACUAAAACUAUCAGUCGCACCGAAGCAGAAGCUAGAGACCAAUUGGGUACUUGCAUUUUGGCCCAAAUCGAACGACUUAAAUCAAUGGCCAAAAAUUCACCAACGGCGCAGGCAGUGCUCAAACAAAUGAUUUUCCCGCUUUCUUAUGUCAAUGGCGCUCGCUGGACGCUCAUGUUUGCGCGUAUCGACAGCGCCGACUAUUCGAAAAUAAUCAUUCAUGUGACCGCGCUACAAAGUGACACGUCAAACGUCGCCAUGGCAUGCCAAAGUGCAACCGAGUCAAAAUACAACUACGUCGGUUUCAACAUGCUGCUGAUGACGCAGAUGAAUCCCAUGAACUAUUUGAGCAUGGCCACGUCAUCAGGAGCCAUUCAUGAUGCUUUUAGCCAAGCGCGGAGCAACGAGUCCGACCAAACCUCCUUUGAAGUACCCUCUGAUGGAUGGAAGCGCAUGCAACUACAUGUCGCUCCCCAUGUUGCGAUUCAGCACGCUCUACCAGAGAAGCGUCCAACGCAAAUCAACGAAGGCGAAGCCCACGACCAAGUUCAGUCAUGGACGACACAAUAG